CGAGAUCUGCGGGAGAGACGAGACAGACGAGACCCGGUAACAGGGCACUGACUCCCCAGUACAGUAGCAGGGUGCCCUACUGUACGCGCCCACCCGCCCGCUGGCACGUGAUCUGCGCCCCCUCCCCGCUGCCAGCCCCCUGACCGCCCGCCCGCCAGGCGGCGCCCACCCGCUGGCCUUCACCCUAUACCCCUAACUGGGGGGGUGGGGGGAAUGGGACGCGCCGCGUCGCAGCUCUGCUGCCGCCGCCGCCUCCACCGCCACCGCCACCACCACCACGACUGUGGCUGUCGCUGUUGGCCAAACCCUAGGCGGUUUCGGCCAGGGGAGUAGGGGGACUGGGGUGAAAAGGGGACUGACAUACUAAGCACAGGAGCAGGCCUGAGCUGUUUUCCAGUGACCCCAAAGAGAGGAUGUGGGGGGAGGGGCCUGCGCAGCACGGCACAGCCCUCUGCAGAGAAGGGACACCGAGUCACAGCCACCCCCUCCCAUGCGGGCCUCAGUCAGACUGCGACCCAAACCCAGACAGGUCCUCCCGCCAUCCGACUGGGUUGUCUCCUACCGCAGAGCCCGGGCCGCAGAGUCUACCAAAGAUAUCAAACCGAAUCCAACCAAAUCCAGCCGACUGCAAAGCACUGGCGCUUCCCUUCGAAGACACGGUUUCGAAAAGCGACCCAAAGCUACUGACAGGAACAUAAAGGGUCGGGACGAGAACGAACGAGAACCCUCCAGAGGGUCCCACAGUGACAGCCGAAAUGAAGGUGGCAUUUAUUCAGAAGCAGACGGCUACGAACCAAAAAAAGUACCCCAGCCAGCCUCGUGGGCCUCUCCACACCCAAGUUCAGAUGCAUUUGUGGGGUCCUUUCCUACAAACACCACAAUCCGCCUCGGAGGUCCCCUGUCUCUUAAAGCAAAGACCCUCCGGCUUCACAUCCGUUCCUCUCGCCCCCCGCACAAAGGCAGAGGCGGCGAUAGAGCUGACCUAGCGCUGUGGGGCAGCAAAAAUGCCGUGUUCCGGCCACCCAUCCUUGGGCCUGGCUUCAUCUGCGCCGUCAGCACCAACGUUUUUUUUUUUUAG